CCAAGCCAGUUUUACAAUGCUUCCGUCCCGCGAUGGGAAUGGUGGCCAAAUCCAGGUCAACUCGCCAAUGGAGACAAAGGCCAAUACCUAAAUCUCUCUUCCGGAGUCGAUCUAUGGUACACGACAUUUGGCAAGAACUCCACUCGACACACGCCCGUGCUGCUUCUCCACGCCGGGACUGGGAACAGCAACCAGAUGUACAACCAAGCCAACAAGCUAGCCGAAACUCGACAAGUCAUUCUUCAAGACACCCGCGGCGAAGGACGCAGUCCCUACACAAACUUCACAAAAUUUCACUACGACGACUUCACCCGCGACGCAAUCGCCAUCCUCGACCACCUCAACAUCCCCCGCGUCGCAGUAGUCGGCUGGAGCGACGGCGCAAUCGUCGGGCUUGACCUUGCCAUGAACUACAGCUCUCGCAUAGAGCGGGUGUUCGCUCACGGUGCCAACCCUCAAGCAAAUAUGAGUAUCCCUGGCCUUAAUGAUCCGAUCAUUAAUUCGGAUUCUGGAUUUUUGGACUCAGAUUUUGCGACAAACGGGACUACGUAUUCUAUUAAUGGGAGAAGGAAGAGGGGGUUGGGGAAGAGGGGGCAGACGUAUAAUUGUGAGAGUUUGAGUCCCUUGCCGGGGAAUUGUUCGGCGAUGAAGGAGGGUGUUGCUUAUAUGUGGAGGACGGAACCAACCUGGGGACCAGGAGCGUUGGCGAAAGUCAAGUGUCCGGUUUGGAUUGUGGACGGAGACCAUGAUAUUUCUGUGGAGAGGAAUCAAGCGGAUGCUUUGGCAGCAUGGAUUCCGUUUGCUGGGCAGCUGAUAAUACCUCACGUGGGACAUGCUGCUUUGCUUGAAGAUCCAAAGCUCUUUAACUUCGCGAUGGAAUACUUCUUGGAUAUGAAGUUUGAUGGGGUUCUACCUUACUACUAAAAGAGAAGUCAAGCAAAUCAAGGAAUAAGUAUUGUGGGGAUCUUGGACUCGCCAUUUUCGUGGCCC